UGUUACUUUUUGGAGGAAAUUUGGAAUAUGUACGAUAAUUUUGUUAAGAACGUUAAUGGAAGUAAAUAUGGUCAGCUUUUAGAUUUUUGUUAUAAAGGUACGAUAUUUCAAAAACCUAAUAUGGAAGAGUAUAAAAACAUGUGUAAGAAACUUCUUCGAAAUUUGUUGUUAUUAGCUGAUGGUAAUUAUGGAUAUGAAAACUUUUUUAAAUAUUGUGAUAUGUUAUACAUUUGGAUAUAUUUUGAAACAAAGAAAAAGAAGCUUACUAAUUCUAUUAUUGAAGAAAUAUUUGAUGAUUUAGUUAAAUUUUUAACGGAAGAAUAUAGAAAAGCUUGUCCCUAUUUCUCAUAUAGUGAAAAUCUCCAUGAACCUCAUAAAUUAAUGAAAUUACGCAUAUUUGAACAUAAUAUAUAUACUUUUCAAAAUAUAUUGGAUAAUAUAAGUGAUCCACACAAUUGUUCGUGUCUAAAGUAUGCCUAUGAGUGUAUUAAUAUAUAUAACGAUAUGAAUAAAAGAUUCUGUGCAACGGAUGAGCACAAAAAUACCAUUAACAAGGGUACUUGUGAUAUACUAGAAAUAUUUAAUACACUUUAUUCGAAUUAUAUUCGUAAUGUGAAUAGGGGAAUUUAUGAAUUACCGUUAUUAUCUGAUACUACUAAUGCUACCUAUACUCCCACUGAUACUUAUGUAACUAGAUGUUUAUUGAAUAAGCAAAAAUCAAAAUUAGAUUCCAGUACCGUUGAUCAAUCAAGCAAUCCUAAACAAAUUAGUAUAUCCACUGCUUUUGGUUCAAUGGCUGGAAUACCUCCCUUUUUAGUUCUAAUAUAUAAGGUAAAUAUAAUAUAUACUUGA